UGGACGGUGUGUCGCUGGGGCGCUGCCUCUCAUGUCUCCCCAGUCUGGUGGCCACACCGGCCUCACCGCGUCCAAACUGCAACACGGACUCGGAGGAGGACACGAUGAACGGAGGGAUGCACACCUUCAACCAGACGCAUAUGAGGAAAGCUUUUCAGCUGAUGAACGACCUGAGGAGUAAGAAGAUGCUGUGUGAUGUCCAGCUGAUCGCUGGCAGCGUUGAAGUGCCAGCUCACAGGGUGGUCCUGGCCGCCUGUAGCCCCUACUUUUGUGCCAUGUUUACAGGUGAUAUGAGUGAGAGCAAGGCCCAACAGGUGGAGAUCAGAGAGGUGGACGGUCAAACCCUGAAAAAACUUGUUGAUUACAUCUACACGGCUGAGAUCGAGGUCACAGAAGACAACGUCCAGGUUCUGCUCCCAGCAGCCAGCCUCCUGCAACUGAUGGACGUUCGUCAGGUUUGCUGCGAGUUCCUUCAAUCUCAGCUUCACUCCACCAACUGUCUGGGCAUCCGAGCCUUCGCUGACCUGCACACAUGCAUCCAGCUUCUCAACCAGUCCCACGCAUACGCUGAGCAGCAUUUCACAGACGUGGUGCAGGGUGAAGAGUUUCUGGGCCUGACUCUGCAGCAAGUGUGCAGCCUCAUCGCCAGUGACAAACUCACAGUCUCCACAGAGGAAAAGGUAUUUGAGGCGAUGAUAUCUUGGAUCAAGCACGAUAAGCCGGCUCGUCUGGAGUACAUGCCCAAGCUGAUGGAGCAUGUCCGACUUCCACUGCUGUCCAGGGAUUACCUGGUGCAGAUCGUGGAGGAAGAAGCUUUGAUAAAGAACAACAACACUUGUAAAGAUUUUCUUAUAGAAGCAAUGAAGUAUCACCUGCUGCCGGCUGACCAGCGGCACCUCAUCAAGACGGACCGGACCCGGCCCAGGACGCCGGUCAGCAUCCCCAAGGUGAUGAUUGUAGUCGGCGGUCAGGCUCCCAAGGCGAUUCGCAGUGUGGAGCGAUACGACUUCCAGGACGACCGCUGGUACCAAGUCGCCGAUCUUCCAUCCAGACGGUGCCGGGCAGGUGUUGUGUCGAUGUCGGGACGUGUGUUUGCAGUCGGGGGUUUCAACAGUUCCCUGCGUGAGCGCACGGUGGACGUGUACGACGGAGGGAGGGACCAGUGGAGUGCGGCCGCCAGUAUGCAGGAGAGACGCAGCACACUGGGAGCUGCUGUGCUGGCAGAUCUACUUUAUGCUGUGGGGGGGUUCAACGGAUCUAUAGGAUUGUCCACAGUCGAGGUUUACAACUAUAAAACCAACGAGUGGCUGUACGUCGCCUCCAUGAACACCAGACGCAGCAGUGUGGGGGUGGGGGUGGUGGAUGGUAAGCUGUACGCAGUGGGAGGCUACGAUGGAGCGUCCCGUCAGUGUCUCAGCACCGUGGAGGAAUACGACCCCGUCACUGACCAGUGGUGCUACGUCGCUGACAUGAGCACACGACGCAGUGGAGCAGGUGUGGGGGUGCUGGGCGGUCAGCUGUUUGCAGCGGGGGGACACGACGGACCCCUGGUGAGGAAGAGUGUGGAGGUCUACGACCCACAGACCAACACCUGGAGGCUGGUGUGUGACAUGAACAUGUGUCGGAGAAACGCAGGCGUCUGUGCCAUCAACGGGCUGCUCUAUGUGAUCGGGGGGGACGACGGCUCCUGCAACCUCUCGUCUGUAGAGUUCUACAACCCGGUCACAGACAAGUGGAGCCUCAUUCCCACCAACAUGAGCAACGGACGGAGCUACGCAGGCGUCGCAGUGAUUGACAAGCCCUUAUGACGACAGUUGUCCCGGAGCAUCAGCAUCAGCAGCCGAGUGACUCCCAGCGACAUGUGAAACUAUCUGAAGUGACGCUGAGAUAAACUCUGUCGUUAAUGAGUCGCUCUCAGUCCUCUUCUGACACGACCGUGGCGGGUGUCCGGGAGUUUGGCGUUUUACCCGAAACAGGAUUUUGUUGCUCAAUGCCAUUUUCUGAAAUGCCAAACACACGAGAAGCAGCUGCAUCAGCCGACAGAAGAACUCACUCAGACGCUAGAGACGCUUGUUGUCAGGAAGGAAGCCUCGACU